AUGUUGGGACUUGAUGGGGCUUUCAUAAAAGGUCCAUAUCCAGGCCAGGUUCUUAGUGCAGUUGGGGUUGAUCCCAAUAAUGGCAUUUACCCUGUCUCAUAUGCUAUAGUAGAGGCUGAAACACUAGACUCUUGGACUUGGUUUCUAGAAUUCUUAGGUGAUGAUUUGGAUUUGGAUGCCAAUUCAAACUUUACAUUCUUAAGUGACAGGCAAAAGGGCAUUAUUCCAGCAAUUAUGAAGGUCUUCCCAUUUGCUGAGCAUAGAUUUUGCCUAAGACACAUCUAUGAAAACAUGAGAUUACAAUUCAAAGGAAAGGCCUUCAAAGACCUUUUGUGGAAAUGUGCAACAACAACAACUAUUGUUGAAUUUGAAAAGGAGAUGGAUGCUUUAAAAAGUUUCAACAGUGAAUGUCACUUGUGGUUAUCUAACAUACCUCCUAAACAUUGGUCAAGGUCUCAUUUUUCUGGAAGGGCAACAUCUGAUAUGUUGCUCAACAACAUGUGUGAGGUGUUCAAUUCAAAGAUACUUGAAGGAAGGGACAAGCCCAUCAUUGCAAUGUUAGAAUUCAUUAGAGAGUACUGCAUGAGAAGAAUUGUUAAUGUUCUUCAGUUGAUUGAGAGGAGUGAUGGUUUACUAACACCAUAUGCAACUGAGUUGUUUGAGGAAAUUAAGAAGGAUGCUACCAGGUACACUAUAAUUUGGAAUGGUGAAGGGCACUAUCAAGUAACUGGUGGUGUUAAUCAGUAUGUGGUGAACAUGGAACAGAGGACAUGCAGUUGCAGAAGAUGGGAACUCAAUGGUAUACCUUGCAGACAUGCUGUCGCAGCCAUCUGGAACAGAGCUUCACAUGGCCAAGUGGGCUUACCAGAAAGCUUUGUCCAUCCUGUUUAUAGGAUGGAUAGGUGGAAGCAAGUUUACACAUUCAAGGUGUAUCCAAUUAAUGGUAAGUCAAUGUGGCCAAGAUCCCUACUGCCAACAACAAUCACACCACCAUAUUACCAUAAGUCUGUUGGGAGGCCAAAAAAAACAAGGAGAAAAGCAGCCUCAGAGUUAGAGGACAUCACAAAGGGUCGGAGACUAAGGAAGGUUGGUACAUCAGGUACUUGUGGAAAGUGUGGUAAUACAGGGCACAACAGCAGGUCCUGUAAUGGUAGGUCAGAGGUUGUCCCAACUCAGCAAACUAGUGCUAAGUCCAGUAAACUUGCUGUUGGAUCAAAAGGGCAGAAAGGGAAAAAACAUUGUGUUGGAAGUAGCGAAGGUCUGAAAGGGAAGAAGGAUGUCCAAAAGCAGAAGGCUUGUCGAAAGUGUAAGGGGAUAGGUCAUAACAGUAGAACUUGUCAAGGGGAGACCAUGGAACCUGUUUAUGUAUUAGUAGUAUGUAUGCAAUUAUGUUUAUGA